GAUAAUGCUAAGCGGUUCUCUGCCCAUAACAGACGCCAAUCAACACGAACAUAUGUUCCGAGGUUUCGAGAAAUCUAUAAUAAUGGGUGGUGCUCUAUUAGUUGAUUUCUUCUUCUUAGCAAGUGGGACACUCCUUUCAUAUCUCUUGCUAAGUGAUUUAAAGAAAUACAAGUCUGUGAACCUGUUAAGAAAAGUGAUCAUUCGCUUCCUAAGACUCACGCCAACCUACAUGGUGGUGGUGUUCUUCCACGCUACAGUGUUCCACCGCCUGGGGUCCGGCCCACUGUGGGAGAGUGUGGUUGGUCGGGAGAGAGACCGCUGCCAGGCCAACUGGUGGACCAACUUGCUCUACAUCAACAACUAUGUCAACGCUGACCGCAUGUGCAUGAUCACAACUUGGUACUUGGCUGCCGACACUCAGCUGUUCAUAGUCUGCUUGCUCAUGGUCUACAUCAUUGGUCGUUGGCCACCCUGGGGAUACGCCCUGGUGGCCACACUGUCGUCUUUGUCAGUCCUGAUUCCGUUUUUCAACACCUGGUGGAGACGUGAGGAAGCACUAUUCCUGCCGUUCACUGAGUAA